AUGCACGGGGCCCUACUGGUCACCAGCAUCCCGGAGGGCCUGGAGGAGGCAGCCGUCCAAGCCGUCUUGCAGCCGGCCUUCUUGCCCACCCACCCCCGCCCCGGCACGUGCAGGCUGUGCAACACUAGGGCCAGGAGGGACCAGAAGGCCGAGGCCGCGGUGGAGUUUGCGGAGGCCAUAAAUCACGCCUCCGUGCCCAGACAGAUCCCGGGCAAGGGCGGCGUCCGGAGGGUUCUGUGUCACGACCGCGCGGAGGACACAAGGGUCCUGAGGCAGAUGAAAGGCCUGCUGCUGGAUGAGAGGCCCUCGGAGGCAGGCCGCAGGCGCUGCAGGCCCCGGGGACACAUCCCCCUCUCCUGCUUGGUUUUGGAGACCCAGGCCCAGGGCUCAGGGCCCGCCCCCAGGAAGGCCGGCUCCCCCCAGGGAAGGGCCUCCGGGCUCGGCUCGCAGAAACCCAGCCAGAGGCAACAGGUGGGCCCAGAAGGGCCAGGAGAGAGAGCCAGGCGGGAGUCCGACGACUCUCUGGGGAUGGUGAUCCAGGAGCUAGCCCAGGACGACCUGAGCGCUCCACGCCCGCUCCAGGAGGCCGCCAAGGAGCUCAGGAAGGAGUGGACCCUGCAGAGAGACGCGGGCGGAGGAGCGGGUCCCCGCGAGUUCUUGGCCCUGGUGAGGACGGACAAAGCCAAGCAGGAGCGGGCGGAGGCAGAGCCCCGGGGGCGAGGCCCAGCCUCCACAGGGGAGAAGCCCGGCGCCCAGGGGGGCGCGGCCCUGCUGGCGGUGAGAGACACGUGGCAGCAGGAGCCCAGGGACAGCGACGCUCCCGAAAGCCAGUCACAGCGAAACGGGGAGCCAGGAGACGAGAGGGUGGACAGUCAGUUUGUGGCCAUGGCGGCCUGUGCGGACCCGCGGGCCCCGUGGGCCCGUGGCGGGGGGGAGAUGCUGAAAGUCGCUUGGGUGAUGGAGUCACUGGGCUGGAGCGACAAGCGAGGCCCUCCCCGGGUCUUGCCCGUCCGGCGCCGGGACACUCGGGGAGCCCGCGGGAAGGUGGACGAGGCGGGCCGCCGGGUGGACGCCGUGGUCCUGCGGAAGGCCGCGGGCCGCGGGAGCCGCCGGGAGCGCAUUUCCAGCCUGGCGGAGCCCGAGCCCCGCUCCACGGGCGCGGGGACCCGGCGGGGCUGA